AUGGUCCGGGCGAUGGCGGAGAAGGACGUCGAAGCGGAGGAGGUGAAAUUGCAGAAGACGGAGGAUCCCGUGGCGCCGCCCGUGGCGCCGGUGCGGUCGCCGCGGUUUUUGCCGAAGCGGCUGCAAGGCGUCUCCGUGCUCACACCUUUGGCGCCCGAGAUCUACCGUGUGGAGAAUCGCCUCGGUGCCCCGACGAAGGGCCUCGCCCAGCGGAGGAGCCGCAGCGUCAGCGACGUGGACCCUGCCUCCGUCGUGCUGUGGGGAAGCACCGUCACUGGCCGCGACGAGGGCGACUGGAUCCGCUGCGAGGCUGGCGUGUCCUUUUGGGCACCAUGGGCAACGCCAGGUUGA